AUGGCCCCUCCAAGCACCGGAAAAGCCGUCAAGAAGUCGGGCAAGGCGCAGAAGGCCGUCCGCGCCACCGACAAGAAGAAGCGCAAGCACAAGCGCAAGGAGUCCUUUGCCAUCUACAUCUACAAGGUCCUCAAGCAGGUACACCCCGACACCGGCGUUUCCUCGAAAGCCAUGUCCAUCAUGAACUCCUUCGUGAAUGACAUCUUCGAGCGCAUCGCCGCCGAGGCCUCCCGUCUGUCGCACUACAACAAACGGACCACCAUCACCAGCCGAGAGGUGCAGACCGCCGUUCGCCUGUUGCUGCCCGGCGAGCUGGCCAAGCACGCCGUCUCCGAGGGCACCAAGGCCGUCACCAAGUACACCUCCAGCAAAUAG